GGAGGACGGCGGAGGGAGGAGCGGGAGGAGCCGCUGCAAAAAUGACUCAGUAAGUUCGGCGGCCGCUCGGCCUCUGCGCCUCCGGUGCCAGCGCCCCGGGAUGUAUUCCUCCCCGCUCUGCCUGACCCAGGAUGAGUUCCACCCGUUCAUCGAGGCGCUGCUGCCGCACGUGCGCGCCUUCGCCUACACCUGGUUCAACCUGCAGGCGCGGAAGCGCAAGUACUUCAAGAAGCACGAGAAGCGCAUGUCCAAGGACGAGGAGCGCGCCGUGAAGGACGAGCUGCUGGGCGAGAAGGCCGAGGUGAAGCAGAAGUGGGCGUCGCGGCUGCUGGCCAAGCUGCGCAAGGACAUCCGGCCCGAGUGCCGCGAAGACUUCGUGCUGGCCGUGACCGGCAAGAAGGCGCCGGGCUGCGUGCUGUCCAACCCGGACCAGAAGGGCAAGAUGCGGCGCAUCGACUGCCUGCGCCAGGCCGACAAGGUGUGGCGCCUGGACCUGGUCAUGGUCAUCCUGUUCAAGGGCAUCCCGCUGGAGAGCACGGACGGCGAGCGCCUGGUGAAGGCGGCCGCCUGCGCGCACCCCGUGCUCUGCGUGCAGCCGCACCACAUCGGCGUGGCCGUCAAGGAGCUGGACCUGUACCUGGCGUACUUCGUGCGUGAGCACGACACGGAGCAGAGCAGCAGCCCCAGGACAGGCGUGGGCUCCGACCAGGAGGACAGCAAGCCCAUCACGCUGGACACCGCGGACUUCCAGGAGAGCUUCGUCACGUCGGGCGUGUUCAGCGUCACGGAGCUGAUCCAGGUGUCCCGGACCCCCGUGGUGACCGGAGCCGGACCCAACUUCUCCCUGGGCGAGCUGCAGGGCCACCUGGCCUACGACCUGAACCCCGCGGGCGCCGGCAUGCGGAGGACUCUGCCCAGCACCUCCUCCAGCGGGAGCAAGCGGCACAAGUCGGGCUCCCUGGAGGAGGACGUGGACACGAGCCCCGGCGGCGACUACUACACCUCGCCCAGCUCGCCCACCAGCAGCAGCCGCAACUGGACGGAGGACAUGGAAGGAGGAAUCUCGUCCCCGGUGAAGAAGACGGAGAUGGACAAGUCUCCCUUCAACAGCCCGUCCCCCCAGGACUCCCCCCGGCUCUCCAGCUUCACGCAGCACCACAGGCCCGUCAUCGCCGUGCACAGCGGGAUCUCACGGAGUCCCCACCCGUCCUCGGCCCUGCACUUCCCGGCGACCUCCAUCCUGCCGCAGACCGCCUCCACCUACUUCCCCCACACGGCCAUCCGGUACCCGCCACAUCUCAACCCCCAGGACCCGCUCAAGGAUCUGGUGUCCCUGGCUUGUGACCCGGCCACCCAGCAGCCUGGACCGCCUGCGCUCCGCCCGGCACGUCCCCUGCAAACCGUCCCCCUGUGGGAUUAGGACGGAGGGAUCCUCUUGCGGGACAGUCCUGGUACCUGGGAUAGCCGAGGCCGCCGUCCCACGCCCCCGCGGCCGGGGAGUCCCGAGGUGAUGGCCCCAGCCUGCAUUUUCAGUGGGAACUGAACGAGCGAGACGCUCCCUGCCGACUCCCAGCGCGACGGAAAAGACGCAGGAGGAGAAGGGACAAGCGACAAACAGGAAAAAGAACGGAAAAUCCUUCCCAACCGAGGCGACAGAAGGUGGAGCUGCGGGUCUGUGGCACCUGCUGCUGAUGGACGGCUGCUUGCAGCCCUUCUGCGCCCCGAGGACCCUGCCAUCGCCCCAGACCAGGCGAGCCCGGCCUGGCACCCACGCCCAUCGCCAACAGAUGGACGGAGAGGACGGGGUGGGCCACCGCCGGGCCACUCUCCCCAGUCCCCUGCCGCCAGCGCCAGCCUCGGGACCUCCGCCGACCGUCCUGACGGUGUUUGCCAAAGACAGGAGACCGGAGGCGGUGCUGGCCGAGGAGGUGGAAGGACCCGCGCGGGCAGCGGAGGCCUGGAGAGGGCGCGGGGCUGCCCGGCGCUGGCCCCGCUGGGGACAGGCGGCCACAGGUACUUGGGGACCCCCGGGAGGGUCCCGCGUCGGCUCCGCCUGGGCUCGGCCCCCUCUGGACCUCCGCGGAAGGACAUCAUCUCUCUAUGCAAUUGGUCCCCAGCCCCACCCCGGCACGCGAGGCCAGGCAGCCCCGGCCUCCCCCUCCGCACACGGGAAGUAUCAGCACUUUGAGAGCAGAGGCGGGGAGCUGGGGCCCCGCGCCGAGGCCCCCGGAGGCGGGAGGUGCCGGAUCUAAGUGCCUAACCCUCCGCCCCCCUGCCGACCCCUCGUCCAUCAGGGACGCAGCGGCCGGGGCCCCCACCCUCGCCCUGCGCACCCCAGCUCCUCAUCGCCGCGCGCCCUCCACGCUAGAGAGAUGGGACCCCAGGGGUGGAGCUGGGUGUCCCCAAGCCCAGGCUGGGGCCAUGCGCUGUCCCCUACACUUCUGCCAGUGCCUUACUUCCUGGAGACCCACCCUGGGGUGCCCCACUGCAGGGGGAUGCCCCCUUUGCACUUUGACCCCCUGGCGACGUGGGGCCCGGCACAGGGACCAAGAAGGCUGGUGGAAGUGCACUCGGCCCCCAGGUGGGAAGGCUCUGCGGGAGGCGGGGUGGCGGGGUCCCCAUCGGCUUCGCGGGCUUCACUAACCUGAGAACACUAAGAUGGGGUGUGAGGUCCGUGCCCACCCCAGCUCUGCACCCCAUCCACACCGCCCGGGUCCCCAUCCCGGGCGGGCUGCCCUGCGAGGGGACGCUGAGGAUUUCAGGGUCCCCCCUCCCCAACCGCCCAUCUUGGCCCCUUCAUGCCUGUGUCCCUGCCCACGGAGGCCGCAAGCCAUCAUCCCAGCAGAGCCCCCAGGGCCAGGCCCACCCGCCCGCCGUCCUCCCAGGGAGGGGGCCAGGCCACUUGAACGUACCGAGCCCCCCAAGACGCUUCCCCAGCCUUGGAGGCCUCGAACCCCCACCCACCUGUCCGUCCGUCCGUCCUCAGGGACCCUCCAGCAGGGGGGACCAUUGGGGACAUCGUGGAGGUCACUGUCCAGGUGUGGGGCUCAGGCCAGUGGGUAUGGGUCGGGCUGUCCCCAGGGUGGACCUGGCUGGUCCCCUCUGACGCCCCCAAGCCAGCCAGCCGGGUCCCCCUGGGGUCAGGACAGAACCAACUAUUUACCUAACUGCAUGGUGCUUAAGGCCCCGCGACACCCGAGAGUCCCCGGGCUGCUGCGUGCAUGACGACAGCUCCUCCCGGUCUGCCCCGCCCGCCCGCCCGCGCCCCUCACCGCCC